AUGAGCGAUUUUUCCUCUGAGGGUGAAGACUCUCCAGCUGAUCAGAUCAACCAGUUAAAGGAAGAAAAUGAACUCCUUACUAAGAAAAAUGCAACAUUAGAGUCCCAAAUUGAGCGUAUGUUCGAUGUUUGCAAUUCUGUUGAAGCUGUUACUAACGAAAACACUAAGAACAAGGCAGCAAUCAAGGAUUUGACCUUGAAAAACGAGGAGUUGCAAAACAGACUUGAUCAUACAUUGAAACAAAACCAAGAAUUAAAUGAUUUACUAGAAUCAGAAAAGAAAUCUCACCAGCAGGCACGCAAUGAAGACGCAAGUUCAUUAAAUAAGGAAUUCGAACGCCUUGCUGAUGAUUAUGUUAAGAAAAUUAAUUCAUUGACAAACGAACUUCAAAAUCUCAAAUCACAGCAGAACACUGAUAUCAUCAACCGAAAGGUUUUCAAUUCUAAACUCGAUAAGCUUUAUCAGGCUUCUAAAUGGCAUUUUAAUGUCGAAAUUAAUUCCAUUGAGGAAUUAACAAAGCUCCUACAAUCCUCUGAAAAUAAGAAACAAGAAGAGAUUGUUAUUGCCGAACCGCAGGAUGAUACAAAUCUUAAAAUACUUGUUGCAACUGCUAAACGUUACAAAUCUAAAGCGAAAGCAGCAUUACGUCAGUUAGAGCAACUCAGUAACGAGCUUGAUGACAAGGACCAGAUAAUCAAUACUUUGAACGAAAAAAUCCAAAAGCAAGAAGACGAACACUUAAAUGAAAUCCAACAAGUUAGAGAUGAGAACAGCUUGAUUGUACAGAGUCUCCAGAAGAAGAUUACAUUAAUGGAGAACCGCUGGACCCAAGAAAAGAACGAAUUUUCCAAGUUUAAGCAAGAUACAAAAAUGAAUCUUCUUUCUCAACGUAAUCUUGUUCCAGAAGAGAUCACAAAAGACAACAGUCCAGACGCUCAUAAGAUUAUUACUCUCGAAGUCGAAUUACAAGGUCUUAAAUCACAAUUAAAUGAUAAAUCGAACCUUGUCAACAAACUAACAGCUGCCAAAGACGAAACUGUUGAGAAACUCUCCAAGGCCAUGGCAGAUAACAAUAAUUUACAGUCAGAACUCGAGAAAACUAAACUCGAAUGCGAUAAUCUCCGAAUUCUCUCCGAAUCUUCCAAGAAAGAAUGUGAAUCCCUUCGUUCUUCACUUCUUUCCAAGCAGCAGACACAACAACAGCCGCAAAUCGAGAAAGUUGUUGAGAAACCAGUAGAAAACAAGUCAAAACAACAAGUUUCUAAAAGAAAAUACGAUGAUCUUUCAAACAAACUGAAAGAAAGUGAGAAACUUGUUGAAUCCCUGAACAAACGUGUUCUUGAACUAGAAGAUAUAUCAUUAAAACAACGUGUUGAGCUUUCUUCUUUGAAAGACAAACUCGAAACAACGGAGAAAAGAGAGUUGAACACAAAACUCGAUUUGCAGGAAGCGAAAGACAGUAUUUCCAAACUUACACAAGCUGCAAAACAGCCCGAAUCUAUUAAUUGGUCAUUCCCUGAUUUCGAUGCAUCUCUUCAGAAUCAAAUUGAACAAAUUGGUCGACAGAAAGAACUCCAAAACCAAUCGAAAUUACAGAACAUUUACAAGGUCAUACAAAACUAUUUCAAGCUGAAAGAGCUUUCCCUUGUUAAACAGAACCAAGAUGCCAAAGAAGUAUUCGACCGCUUGAGAGCAUUCACGAAUUCUCUCGUCAUUGAUUUCACUCUCCAUUUGAAUGGAAAUCCAUCAACAUUGGAAGAAUUCCUUGAUUCAAAGCAAAAAGAUGAAUUAGUAAUUAAACUCCAGAAUUUGAUUCAAAACAAUGAAUCAUUAGUUCGUGAUCUCAAGAACAUGAAUGAACAGAUGAACACAAUCAAAUCUGUUUUGAAUUUGCCGGCUUCGAGUAAUUUCGAAAGUAUUUCGACUCAAAUUUCUCAACAACAAAAAGAUAUUGAACAAAUGAAGUCAAUUGCAUCGAAAUCUCUUGAUUCAAAGCGUCAAAUGAAGAAGGCAAUGAAUAAAGCAUUGAUUGCUGCUAACGAGAUAAAGAGAGAAUCCGAGAAUACAGUUAGAGACAUCAAUGUUUUCGCUGAUGACAAUCAAAAGAAGAUUGAUCUUUUGCAAAGAACUGUUGAAACUCUUCGAACAAAACUUCAUGAUUCGGAACAAAACUUGGAACAGAAGACACAUGAAUUAGAAGAUGAGAAAGACAAGAACGAGAAACUCCAAGAUGAUUACGAUUUAGCAAUUUGUGACACAGAAAACAAAGUUGAACAAAAAUGUGGUGAAAAAAUCAAAGAAAUGGAAAAUCAAGUUUCCAAAGCAGAAUCACAAGCUAAAUCAUAUAAACUACAAUUGGAAACAUCGCAGAAACUGUUGUCUAAUGCAGAUAGCAACAUAAAGAUCUUGGAACGCGAUCUUGAACUCCACAAGAAGAAAUUAGUUGAUUUGUCAACAACAUUUGAAGAAAAAUUACAAACACAAAGAAAUCAGUUAGUUGCAGUCAACAAAUCAGCUAUUGAUGAUCUCGAGAAGCAGAUUAGUGAUAGACAUAAAGAUAUCGAACAACUCUGCCAAGAGAAUUCAUCAAUUCAAAAAGAAUUGAAUGAGAUGAAACAGAAAUAUCAGGCAGCUAAAAUCGAACUUCGAAAGAUGUCUAAAUCAUUGAAACAAAGUGAAGAAGUUUCAUCAAGAGAGAAGAGAUUAUGUGAAGUAACUCUUCGUGCUAAACUUGCUGCAGCUGAUUCACAAUUCAAUGAAAGAAUCUCGUUGUUGACGAAUAGUUUCAACGAAGAGAAGAUGAAGAUUCUUUCAUUCGCAGCAGAAUCAUUCCCUCAGUAUUUCUCUGGUUCAACAGUAUUCGAUGAACGCCAGUACAGAUCUGUUGUUAAACAAGCAAGUGAUGAAUUGUCUAGAUUGACUGAAAGCGAUUCUACAAUUCGUCGCUUGCUGUGUGCUUCUGAAUCUCAAUCAACAGUUGAUGCAGUUGCACAAGCUAUUAUGUAA